AGCCGCUCCAGUGAAUGUCCUUUAGGCUGGUUUUUCCCCCAGCUUCGGGCUUUGUUUGGGUUUGAUUGUGUUUGGCUCUGCGCUAAGCUGAUUUAUGCAGCAGAAGCCCCAACGGCUGGGAAGAAACAAAAGCUCUUUUCUUUGUCCCAGAACGGGCUGCGGAGCCCUCGGUCGCGUCGCCGCCGCCCCCGGGCCACUGGCCGUCGGAGGAGGCGCUUCUCGCGGAGAUCUCGGGAGCCUCCGUGCCGAGCUGGGAGGGCCGAGCGGGCCCUGAGAUGCCGAGCGGUGCUCGGGCCGGCGUACCUGCACCGCCAGUGGGGAGCCGCGGGAGCCGCCUGCCGGGCCUGCGGGAAACUUCCUAGCGACUCUCGGCCCGCGGGCCCCGAGGUGCGCCCGGGAGGCGCGAGCGCGCAUCCGGAGAGCCGCCGGCCGGCGGGCGCGGUGCGGGCUGCUGUGCAUUAUGUGCCGCUUGGACCAGGCUUUUUUUACUGCCGCAUUUGUCUGCCUGCAAAACUGCCGCCGAGGUCCUGCCCCCUUCCUCCGGGCGGCCUGGGUGUUUUCAGUUGUUCUUGGACUGGGCCAGAGUGACGACAAUAGAUGUGCAUCUUCGAAUACAGCAUCCUGCGCCAAGUGCCUCGCUCUGGGCCCAGAAUGUGGAUGGUGUGCUCAAGAGGAUUUUAUUUCAGGUGGCUCAAGGAGCGAACGCUGUGAUACUGUUUCCAAUUUAAUAAGCAAAGGCUGCUUGAUUGAUUCGAUAGAAUAUCCAUCCAUACGUGUAAUACCAAGUGAAAAUGAAGUUAAUACGCAGGUGACUCCUGGAGAAGUGUUGCUCCAGCUGCGUCCAGGAGCUGAAGCUAACUUCAUGCUGAAAAUCCAUCCACUCAAGAAAUAUCCUGUGGAUCUUUAUUAUCUGGUUGAUGUCUCAGCAUCAAUGCACAAUAAUAUUGAAAAACUAAAUUCAGUUGGAAAUGAUUUAUCAAGAAAAAUGGCAUUGCUUUCCCGUGACUUCCGCCUUGGAUUUGGAUCAUACGUUGAUAAAACAGUCUCACCAUACAUUAGCAUCCACCCAGAGAGGAUCCAUAACCAAUGCAGUGACUAUAAUUUAGACUGUAUGCCUCCCCAUGGAUACAUCCAUGUGCUCUCUUUAACGGAGAACAUCACGGAAUUCGAAAAAGCUGUUCACAGACAAAAGAUUUCAGGAAACAUAGAUACACCAGAGGGAGGUUUUGAUGCCAUGCUGCAGGCAGCUGUUUGUGAGAGUCAUAUUGGAUGGCGGAAAGAAGCUAAACGACUGCUUUUGGUGAUGACCGACCAGACAUCUCAUCUUGCACUUGAUAGCAAAUUGGCAGGCAUAGUGGUGCCAAAUGACGGCAACUGCCAUCUGAAAAACAAUGUCUAUGUGAAAUCAACAAGCAUGGAACAUCCCUCAUUAGGUCAACUUUCAGAAAAAUUAAUAGACAACAACAUUAAUGUUAUUUUUGCUGUUCAAGGAAAACAGUUUCAAUGGUAUAAGGACCUUCUGCCUCUCCUGCCUGGUACCAUUGCUGGGGAAAUUGAAUCAAAGGCUGCAAACCUCAAUAAUUUAGUUGUAGAAGCCUACAAGAAACUCAUUUCAGAAGUCAAAGUUCAGGUGGAAAACCAGGUAAAAGGUGUCUAUUUUAACAUAACUGCAAUCUGUCCAGAUGGAGCCAGAAAACCAGGGACAGAGGGAUGCCGGAAUGUAACAAGCAAUGAUGAGGUUCUUUUCAAUGUAACAGUUACCAUGAAAAAAUGUGAUGUCACAGGAGGAAAAAGCUAUGCAAUAAUCAAACCUAUUGGUUUCAAUGAAACCACCAAAAUUCGUGUACACAGAAGCUGCAGCUGUCGGUGUGAUGACAGCAGAGGACCCAAAAGAAAGUGUGUGGAUGAAACUUUUCUAGAUUCCAGGUGUUUCCAGUGUAAUGAAAAUAAAUGUCACAUUCACGAAGAUCAAUUUCCUUCUGAAAGCUGCAAGCCACACAAGGAUCAACCUGUUUGCAGUGGUCGAGGAGUCUGUAUUUGCGGGAAAUGUUUAUGUCACAAAAUUAAACUUGGAAAAGUGUACGGAAAAUACUGUGAAAAAGAUGACUUUUCUUGUCCCUAUCACCAUGGAAAUCUGUGUGCUGGGCAUGGAGAGUGUGAAGCAGGCAGGUGCCAGUGCUUCAGUGGCUGGGAAGGGGAUCGGUGCCAGUGUCCGUCAGCGUCGGCGCAGCAAUGCGUCAACCCAAAGGGCCAAGUGUGCAGUGGCAGAGGGACAUGUGUAUGUGGCCGGUGUGAGUGUACCGAUCCCAGGAGCAUCGGGCGCUUUUGUGAGCACUGCCCCACGUGUCACAUGGCUUGCGGGGAGAACUGGAAUUGCAUGCAAUGCCUUCACCCUCACAAUCUGUCUCAGGCUAUACUUAAUCAGUGUAAAACUUCAUGUGCUCUUGUGGAACCGCAUUAUGUGGACCAAACAUCAGAAUGUUUCUCCAAUCCAAGUUACUUGAGAAUAUUUUUCAUCAUCUUCAUAGUUACAUUUCUGAUUGGUUUGCUUAAAGUCCUUAUCAUUAGGCAAGUGAUACUACAAUGGAAUAGUAAUAAAAUUAAAUCCUCAGCAGAUUACAGAGUGUCAACCUCAAAAAAGGACAAGAUGAUUCUGCAAAGUGUUUGCACAAGAGCAGUAACCUACCGACGUGAGAAACCCGAGGAAAUCAAAUUGGAUAUCAGCAAAUUAAAUGCUUGUGAAACUUUCAGGUGCAACUUCUGAAAAGAUUCUUUAAGAAUGUACUUUUUGGGAAACUGGAUUUUUAAUAAUUGCUCCUAAAAAUACAGAAGUUUAAGAAGUCACAGGAAGAUACAGUGUCUUCUAGCUCAAGUUGGUUGCUGGUUGUCAAUCCAAGACUGACAAGUAUCCUUGUCACCCUGUGACUCACAUUGCUGCUGAAUUUUUCAGAGGAAAACAAUGUGUUUUACUACUGUUUGAGACUAGUGUCAUUGUAGCACUUUACUGUAAUAUAUAACUUAUUUAGAUCAGGAUAGAAUGUAGAUCAUCUGAAGAGCACUGAUUACACUUUACAGGUACCUGCCAUUUUUACACUUCCCAGAGAGACAUUGCUGUGUGGGAGAUUUGGCAUUGUGUCACUACAAGGGUACAGUAAUCCCUGCACCUAACGUUCGGAUGAAACAAAGAUAACCAAGCAAAUAUACUAAUGUCGCCAAGUACAUCAAUAAUGGGCGGAGAAUAGAUUAAGAAUAGCUAGAUGAAUAAAUGGUUAGUGCUUCAUUCCUUCAAGAGGUAAACAGAUAAGACAUUUGUCUUGAAGAAUACGGCUUUUGAAACUGCGGUUUUAGGCAUUCUGUUUUCUUUUUACAAGAUGGAUACUAAUUCCAAUAUUUUCUUCCCUUUGCCUACAAAUUUUGUUUUUAUUUCUUUCAUAAUAAGUUUAUAUGUGUCACACAUGACUGGAUAAAAUAAGUGCUAUGUUACUACUGCCAGAAAAAAAAAAUCCUAAUAAUACAAUGUCACUUUAUUAGAAUACUAGUUAUAAAAGCUGAAUGUUUAAUAAGGGACACUGUAUAGUAACAUCAAAGCAUCUGAAGAGCUUUGUUUGCAGACGUGUGGUUUUGUAUCUUCUAACCUGUAACUGAGAUAUUUCAUCAUUUCAUUUAAUGAACAGGUUGAAAUUCACAGAUAUUUAGAAACACUUCCUCAUCAAAGUGCCACACUUUUGAAUGAGUUUGAUCAGAUAUAUAUAUAUAUACCAAGUAAAUAUCAAUAUUUUUCUAAUUAUAAGCUCUAUUAUUUUUGUCCUUCAGUACAGCCUGACAUUCUUUCCCUGAAUCACAGCAACUCUCCCUUACAAGAAUCAAUAAAAAUAAAAAACUGGGAGAGGAUAGACCAUAUCUUAGAAAUAAGCUAAUUCAUCCUUUAGUUAGUCAGGGAACUGAGACUCAGAAAUUUAAAUGCUUUCUGAAAAACCUCCCAAGUGAUUAAGUGGCAGCGUUUGAAAAGAUAUCCAUUUUCUUACUGCCAGCCUAGUGUUGACUAUACAUAUGCUACCUCGUGAAUUUUAAAAUAGUAAAUUGGCAAGUACUUUGAAAUGUGAGUAAAGUCGUGAGGCUUUGAAUAUGAAAAAUUUUCAAAAAUAAAAAAACAGAAAAGAAUAAUUCAAAUUGAAUUGUUCAUGGUUGGCUUUCAUUUUAUCCUGCUAGUCAGCUUUUAAGGGACUGUAAUGUCCUAAAAGAGGGAAAUCACACCAUUCAUUUCCUGUGUACAGAGAAGCUCCCCUCCUCCCCAGCCCCCCUCCCCCACAUCCGAAAGUUACACAGUACUCAGCUUGAGAGCUUUAUACAGGAGCUUUUAUCUUCACAUGCAAGCAGUUUUAUUGGCUUGAAAGUCCCACAGUCCAAAGUUUCACAAAACUUUGCCUGUGAAAAAAAGAAUUUAUUUUAAAUGUAUAAUUACGCUCCCAGAUGUGCUGUCUUCCCACACUUGCACUAAUCAAAGAGCUAUCUAUUUGCAUUUCAAUGAAUAUUCAACCCCACUCCAUAUUCUAAACUUAAAAAGGAUUUAAAGGUGUAUAAUAACUAUUGUUCUGGAGUCAAUAAUCACAGCAGCUACACCAGCCUCUUCCUACCAUGAAGCAAUUAUGUGCUAAAUUGAACUGUAUUCCUUGCCCCACAUGAGAGAUUGGGGAUAUUAACACACUUCAGUACUGUGACUCAUUCCAGUAAAAUACCUUAGAUGAGUGGUUUUCAAUCUCUGGUCUGUAGAUCACAGAUAUAUCUGGCCGAUCCUCAAAAAAAAAAAAUAAAAAUUAUUUUCAAUUUCUAGUCCACAGACCACAGACCAGUGCUUUCCUACAGGUGUAAAAGAUUGAAACCCACUGCAUCAAGGAUAAUGUAAAAAUAUUCUGCAGCCUCUUGUCACACAGAACAUCCUCUUGAAAUAGGAACAUAAAUGGAAACCUUGCAUCCUCCAAAAAAGUGGAAAAGAAACAUUCAUAAAAUGCUGUCAUAAAAAAACAAACAACAAACAUCUUGAUGUCCAUAAACUAAUUUCCAUGUGAAAUAAAUUACCAAUAAGAGCAUAAUAAAAUAAAACUCUUAAAAUGUACACUCUCAUUAGUUUGCACUAAAAUUGUGAUGGACCAAGGCUGUUACUGUUAUCACAGGAAGGGACAAACUUCCUGAAAGACAAUUCAAUGCUAGAUGAGGAUUGUGGUUAAGCUUGUGAUGUCUGUGCUUCCCUUUUUAAAAACUCUUUUUACUUAAAGUUCUAAUUCUUAAUGGUUUUCGAGUUUAUAUCUUACUUGAAUAAUUGAUAUUCUUCUGUAUAAUGGCCUGUGAAAAGAAAAUUAGUAUUUCACUAGUUACAAUCUAUUAAAAGGUAAUGGGAAACAGGGUACUCUUAGAUUAAAUAAUUUAUGUAAAUAGAGAAUUUUUAAAGCUAAGAUGACCAUAGGAGCCUUUUGAAAUUCAGUGGUAUUAAACACAAGUAAUAAAAUUUUAAAUGGUUAACAAAAUUUAGUACUUGAAAAAUACUUCUGGUACAACAGCAUUUCUGUGCCCUAAAGUAUGUAAAGAUUAUAGAACAGUGCUAUAUAUAUAUAUAAGCAUAUAUAUAUAUAUACAGACACACACACAUCAGAAUAUAAUUGUAUUCCUUUUAUUCCUCUGGAAGCAUCUUUAUACUGCACAGUGCAUGGAUCUAUAAACAUCUGAUAUCUAUUAUGGAAUUUUAUUAAGUAUAUUAAGUCAUAAACAUUUUCCGCAAAACAAAAAAAAUCACAAAAUGUCAUGUCUUAAAUGUUAGAUGUAGUUCUUUUAAUAAAGUUUUUUUUAAUCCAAGUUAAACAAAAGAGACUUUUCUGGGGGCAAAAUCUUCAAAACUCAUGAUUAGUGAAUGCAUCUGAUGCACUAUUUCACCAAGGAAUAAACUAAAUUUAAAUAUAUAUACAUAUGUAUUUAUCUUCAUAAAAUCAUGACAAUAAGCAUCCAUGACACACCGGUAUUAUUGUGGUUUACACAAAUUUUCCUCAAUAGAAAUUUAUGUCUCCUAGUACCUGGUAGAAUAGGUUAGACAAAAUUGCUUUCCUUCCUAUCCAGAUGUUUACACUUACGUUUUCCUAAGAGAUUGCCCCAAGGCUUCAAGCUCAAUAAAAUGAAUUGGAAAAAUAACUGAAUAUAAUAUAUUAAAAGAUAUAUUAAAAAGUUCAUUUCCAAAAAAUUUUUAUUCAUUUUAAAAUUUAUUUGAAUCUAUGCUCCUAGAUUAAGAUUCAUUAAAAACUAAAAAUUUUAAAACUUUUAUCACUGUUUGAGUUUCUUUCAGUUUUAAGGAAUUUGUAAUUUAUAAAAUAUCACAAAAGUAUAAAAUGAAAUAUAGCCAGUUGUAAGUUAAAUCAUCUCCCUAUUGUAUUCUGUUUUAUUUAUUUUAACAUUUAAUUUAUGAUUAUCUUAUUUACAUUGACCACAAAAACUCUUUUAUGUAAUGCAAAUUCAAAUAUAUUUUCAAAGAAAUAUAAAACUCAUAUUCUUUUAGAUCAUUUCCCUUUUCUUUUAAAAUUCUUGCAUUGAAAUUAUUUUGUGCAACUGAUUAAUAUAUUGACAUUUCAUUGAUUGUAAGAUUUUUGCAUUUUCAGAUUUACAUCUCUGAAAUUAUGAUGUAACUAGCAAUCAUUAACAUAUCUAUAAAGUAUUUAAAGUUGUGCCUGACAAAUAGAAAACUAAUUCAUCAUUAAAUGUUCAGGAAUACAGGAAAGACAUUUAUAAAUAUUUCAGAACCCAAAUAUGAUGACAUGUAAAGUCAACUUUCAGUAUAAUUGAAUCACAUAUAACUGAAUAAACUAAAUGUGAAACUUAAUAUCUGAUUAUGAGCUUAGACUCUGUAGUCUUUAAGUUCUGAGCUCUAAAAACCUGCUGCCUAUAAUAUAGGCUGGUGCUAUAAAUCAGCAAAUUUUAAAAAAUAAAAAGAAUGAGUAUGUUUCUCUCAAUUUUGUAAACAAAAUUGUUUUCCCUUUUUUCCUUUCUAAAGACUCUUUACUGUGAUCAUCUCACUUUUUGAUAGAAUUAACUGGAAAAUGUUACAUAAAACCAUAAUAAUUAGAUUUUCUAGUAUCUGAUAUAUCUUAUUUAUGCAAAUGACAAGAGGAAAAUAUUGUAUAACCUGUCAGUGAUGUGAGACGAUGGUGGGAAUUUAGACUCCUACUACAUUUUUUCAUUCUCAUUUGUGUUUUUCUCUAUGUUUUCAUUUUUUCAUUAGCUCUGAUAACUUGAUCUUUGGUCCAUGUAAUUACUCUCAUACAACAGCAUGUUUAAAUUAUUUGAAUAAUAUGAACAAUUGUUUAACCAUCUAGGCAGCUGUUAAUGAAAUUUAUUAAAGUAAUAACACUACUCUUUCAUCUACCUGAGAACUCUUACACAUAAAAUAUAUUGUUGUAAGCUAACUCUUUUAAUCAGAUUUUGAUCUCUAAUUGUUACAACCUACUUCAGUUAAAAUUAUCUAACCCAACAAUAUUUUAUAAUGCAGUUACUAUGGAUUAGGAAAUUCUUAUUUGUGUAAAGAACCUGUAAGUAUAUUCAAAUUAUGAAUAAAUAAGAUCUUAUACAGAAUUCCAUACAAUGAGAAUUUCAGCACCAGAUUUUAAAGAAUAUUUAAUAUAAAAUACUUUAAUUCUAAAUUAUAGAAAAACAUACAUAACACAUGUUAAUAUAGGGAUUAAUUUUGAAUAUACUUAACAUAUCUUUAAAACUAUACAUUUACCAGCUACUUCAUUAAAGUUUUUUAAAACCUAUGAAAAAAAAGUGUUUUUAAAUUAUCAAUGAAAUAAUCUUACUUUUUAAAAAUAACCUUACUUUGUUUCAUUAAGUAGUACUACUUUUGUAAAAAGAAAUUUAGUGUAAAAUGUAAUAUUAGAGAAAAUAAUUGAAUAUAAAAACCCUCUAAGAAAGAAACAUUCUCAAAAAACAAGUUUCUUAUUAUUUCUGGCUCUAAAUUGAACUUGUAAAACUUCCUUAAAUGAGACAUAAGAUUGGGGAACAUCAUAAUUUCACAUAAUGUACUAUGAACCUGUUCAUAUAAUUCUGAUUGACUACUAACUUAUGUUGUGUGUAUUUAUUAAAGAGCUGACACUGUAGUUUGUUGUGAGAUGUUUAUUUUUCUAACAGAGCUUCUAACUGUUAUGACAAGGCAUUUAAUUAAUGCAUCAUUCUGUUUAAAAGUAGGUGUUAAUAUGAAAUUUUACCUUUAAAAUAAAAAUAUAAAA